UCCGGCCGCCCGAACGACCAGCAGGCCUGCGCAGUGAAGGCGGGAAGCGCCCCAGGCUGUGACGAUGUCUGGUGGAAUAUUCUCCCCUUUGGAUAAUCUGUAUGAUUUGGACAAUGCGAAUUGCCACCCCCUGGUCUGUUAUCUCUGCUAUGAACAGUAUGAACAUCCCUGCCUGCUGGACUGCUACCAUACCUUCUGUGCAACCUGCCUGCGGGGCAGGGCUACAGAAGGACGCCUCUUGUGCCCUCUCUGUGGACGCAUGUCAAUUGUGAAGGGCACCAGUGGGCUCCCAAAGGUAGAUCGAUUGUUGAAGUUCCUGGUCGACAGCUCAGCGGACUGCGAGGAGAUUGUGCAGUGUGCAAACUGUGACCUGGAGUGCAAGAAGCAGGACGCAGAUUCCAUGUUUUACUGCAACACCUGUAACCAACCGCUCUGUAGCUCCUGUCGAGAGGAUACCCACAGAGCAAAAAUGUUUGCCCGGCAUGAAAUUGUCACUCUCGCCAAACGUACCAAGGAGCUGCACAAAAAGUGCCCUCUUCAUGAAGAACCAUACAUCAUGUUCUCGACAGAAAAGAAAUCCAUGCUCUGUAUCAACUGCUUUCGGGACAUGCAAGUUGAGAGCCGAGCCCACUGCAUCGACAUUGAGACUGCCUACGUGCAAGGUUGUGAGAAACUGGACCUAGCUGUAAUGGCAGUGAAAGAGCUUCAGACAUCCACACGAGAGGCCAUCAUCCUACUGAAAGCCAUGAUAGAUGAGGUGAGACUCAAUGCCAAUGAAGAGGAGUCGGCCAUCAGCUCACUAUUCAACAGUAUGCAGGAAAAGUUAGCUGAAAAGAAGAAAGUGUUGCUCAAAACUGCUCAAAACCAACAUGAAGAGAAAGAGAAAGCUUUCAAAGAACAGCUUUCAAAUAUGGCUGCACUCCUACCCACUCUUCAGGUCCAUCUCGUCACCUGUUCUGCUUUCCUCAGCUCUGCCAAUAAGUUUGAGUUCCUGGACUUGGGCUAUCAACUGAUGGAGAGGCUGCAGAAGAUUGUUAAACUCCCCCAUCAUUUGAGGCCAACACAAAGCAGCAAGAUCAACACAGAGUACAGGUCAGAGUUUGCAAGAUGUCUUGAACCUCUGCUCUUCCUGAGCCAACGGCGUUCUGGAUCAGUGACAGGCGGCAGCUCAGGGACAGGCAUUAACAAUGGAUCCGGAAUGAACCUAGUGGGAACAAAAGCAUUUCCAGCCUCUGGCUCUCCUGCAUCCCUGAGGGACAUGUCCCUGACAAAUGCUGUGACGUGCAAGCCUACCUCCCAUCGCUACAUCAGCACCAAGGUCCUGCUAGCAGAGGGAGGGCACAGCCCCUUCAUGGAGCACUGUCGGAAUUAUGAAAAUACUUUCAGGGCCCUACAGACAGAACUUCAGACACUGAAAGACCAGGUGCAAGAGAUGCACCGUGAUCUGACUAAACACCACUCGCUCAUCAGGACAGAUGCAAUGGGAGAGAUCCUACAGAAAUCUCUGCAAAUGGACACUCAGAUUUCCUCCCAAUACUCCUCUGUGGAGACCAUGAGGACUAUGUUUGAAGAGGUCUGGGAGGAAACUUAUCAGAGAGUUGCAAACGAGCAAGAGAUUUAUGAAGCACAACUUCAUGAUCUGAUGCUACUCAAACAAGAAAACCUGUACCUAACGACAAUCACCCGCCAGAUCAGCCCGUACAUUCGCUCGAUUGCCAAAGUGAAGGAACGCCUGGAACCCAGACUUAAAGAGCCAAAGGAAGUGAAGGAUGACAGAACAGAUAACAUGUUGAAGAUUUAUGAUGAAGGCUCUAUUAUGACUUCAGAUGGGCAGUACAGGAAUGACCUUGCUUGCAUGAGUGAAGAUAAAGAAAAACAGAUCGACAACAAGGACAAGAUUAUUGACAACCGAACUCUAAAUAUUCUGUCAGAGGAUUCGGAGGUGAAAUGCAAAGACUUGUAUCGUACAGCAAAACUGAAAAGUGGAUUGGACACCCCUGACAGAAAGGAGAUCACUUUAUAGUACAUGUACACUAAGAGACAUAUCCUCCAGUUAAUAGAGACAGCUGCAGAAUGUAAAUACAACAUAUUGACUUCACCAUGGCUUUGGAAGCUGUUCACUCUUCUUUAACAAUCACAGAUCUGGUUCACAACAUUAUGCUUAAAUAAGAACCUCAUAGUUAAAAACAUAGAUAUUUGGUUCCAUUAUCUUUCAGCAGAGAAUAAAACCCAAGAGAUGAUGUCAGUAUACUCACAAUACUUGUUUGAUGUUGCUCUGACCACCCUUAUGUUUUAUGCUUUCUUGCAUUUCUGGUCACGAAAUUACUUAUUUGAACAAAGACAUGAUUUAUUAUUACAGGAUUCUUCUACAAGGAGCACCAACAAAAUGAAGUGAUAAAGUUGGGAAGCACUCAGAUUCAACAGGUCGUUACGAAGGAAAACGUUAUGUUGGCCAAUAAAGUGAGACAAGUGACUACAACAGUUGAGAUGUCUUACUCCAGUUAUGUAUACAGUAUAGGUCCUUACCCAGGAAUAUACUUACAAGAAAUUGUGUGUAAAUAGAAGUAUACCAGAUUGAUUUGUGGGGAGGCAGGUUUGUCAAAUGUAGAGGCACUAAAUAGACUUCAAAAUUGUUCAGGGGCAUGAAAAGGUAGAUGUGAAGUUGGUGUUAUUCCUGUCUAGAGGGUCUCAAACACAAGAGUCAAAAUAAGAGAUAUGCCAUUCGUGGAAGAGGUUUAUUCAACCAAAAGGUAACAAAUCUUUGGAAUUCACUACCCAAGAGGGAUGUGGAGCUUCAACUGCUGAGUAUAUUCAAUAUUGAAAAGCCAAUUGACCUUUCUUAAUCAAGGGAUGUGGGGUUAGUGUGUGAAAUUGAUACUGGGAUAAAAGACCUCUGCAGGUAUUAGACACUGAAUGAACUGCAGUUUAUACAUUUAUGAUAUUUAAAAACAGAUGGUUUUUAAAUAUGUCAUCUCUUCCCUUGAACCAUGGACUUUUAUUAAUGCUUCAGGAGAUUACGUGGCUGUGACAAUGGGUAGGUGUUGCAAAUAUGUGGAAGGAGAAAUAUUAAGGCCUUAAUAGUUUGCUUCAUGCGAUAUCUAGUCCCUUUUUUGCUCUCCAAUGUUACGUUUCUACUGCUUGUUACUAUUAUUCCACAGAUAAGGCCAAGAAGUAUGCCAGUAGGUAGUUUAAGAAUUCCAAAUCCUAAUAUAAACGUGAAGAGAGACUGAACACAAGGCACUGGGGUAGAAUCCUUUGCAACCAGCUUAGUUUUGCUGUCCAUUAAUCUCAAAGGAGUCUGAUUCAUAUGCUGCCUGGUUAGACAUCUGAUCCAUACCACCUCAUUCUUCUCUGGUGUACUCAAGUUAAAAUUGGGGCUCAAAUAUCAGCAAAGAAUGAUAAUGGCCAGUACAACCAAGUCUGACUAUAUCAUCAACAGAUAUCCUGGUAGUAUAUUUACAACCAGAUUUGCUAGAUGAUGCUUAAGAGUAAAUGUGCUGAUCUUUCUCCGUACAUUUCCCAUCUCCUCCUUCCCAUGUGCAUGAAAUGUGGGCUAAGUAGCUUCACAAUUACUAAUGCCACAUCACAUGAACUUAGUUAUAAAAGAUCAUCCAUAACUAUGUCACUCAUAACAGAAUAUUACUGACUUUGGUUGUGUAAAGCCACAAGAAAUAUAUACCAGACAACAUGGAGUGUGUGCAUUUAAAUACAAUAAUGAAGCAGCAGCAAAUAGCAAAGAGUACAGAUUGAAAAUGCUGUUUAAACUAAAAUAGGAAAAAAUGUGUUGGAAAAGCACAGUUCAAUUAGCAUCUGAAAAGAAAGAGACCAGUUCAUGUUCCAGGUGUAAACAGAAGCAAGUCUGAUGAAGGACGCAACCCCUAACUAUCAACUUCCCGCCCCCUUCUAAACUUUUGUCUAUUCAUAGUAUUAUCUACUUUUGUCAGUAAAGGUUAACAGCAAAAUAUCUUGUACAAGCGGAACAAUGAAAUUGAAAAGUUUUUUUAUUACUCCUUGGUGACUGAAGGAUAAAGCUUAAAGUUUCCAUGAAUAAAACAGAAAAGUUUACAAAUCAGUAAAUUGUCUCACCCGCUUCUCCCUCUUCCUGAAACUUCAGCCCUGCUCCAUUCCUGCAACCUCUAUAGUUUUUACAUGUACAUUACAUAUUGGUUAUUUCUCACUUCUGGGGAUUACGGUAUUUCAUAGAAACUCCUGAAAGCCACCACAGGGUGUGAACCUCAUGUUGGAUGUUAAUGGUAGCUAUGUUUCAGUGGUUGAAAUAGAAGUUUUCCAACUUAACACUACCAUUAAAAACUGUUUCAUAAACAUAAUUUUAUAUAUUUAGAACUUCUUCUAAAAUGUUAAUUUAAAGCAUUGAAAUUGCCACUUGUUCAUAAGCAAUCAAAAUAUCUGUGAGUUAUCAAUAUUUAAUGAGUCACUGCUGUUUCUAAAGUAUUUUCAUUGUGACGUUGACUAUUUUACUUAAAUAUUUCAACAGCCCUUUGAGGAACUAUGUAAAUGAUGGGCUUGCUUAGGUCCAGGUGAAAGAAACACAAAGAUAUUCAAGCUAUUGCUAUCAAUUGACAUGUUUCCUUUCCCUUUAAGAUGUUCAUAGUAACUUUUACAUGACAUAAUUUAUUGAAGUUGGAGGAUAUCUCCACUAACUUAAUUUCCAUGAAAAAUAAGUCAUUUGUCAGAAGAGCUUUAGGCAGGAUGGUGCCUGGAUUAGAGGGCAUGAGCUACAAGGAGAUUGCAUAAACCCGAGUUUUCUCUGGAAAGUUAGAGCCUGAGGGGUGGCCCAAGUUUUGGAAUUGUAAUUUUAAGAUUAUAGCCCUCAUCCUAGACUCUAAUGCCAUUAUAUAAACAAGCUCAAUUCAUGGCCUACAGAAAAAUCUUGACCCUAACUGCCCAGUCAAAUCAAAAAGAUACCAGAGAAGAAUGAGCAUGUUAGGAUUAUUUUUUGGUUUUUUAAAAUUGUGCAGAGGCUUGAUGAAAUCAGCAGCUUGUUUACACUCAAUUGUACCCUAAGGCUAGAAAUAGAAGAUCAUCACUAAUAAAUCAAAGAAAGAAUUUAGGUUAAUUCUCUUCACUCAGGGUACUACCACAUGGAAUGAUUGAAUGGAUGCACUCAAGGGAAGCUAGAUUUCUGGAUGAAUGGCCAUCUUCUAUGCGGCAGUCCUGACUCUAUCUUACUUUGUGUUCUGUGCUGAUUCUGUCCAAAUGUAGCUGAAAAAUGCACAAGUGUUGGUAGAAUAAGACUUGGAGGUAAAGUGUGCAUCAUGGUUGAAAUCAUACUGAAAUGACAGGAGUUUGUAUAAACAAUCAUCUGACAAGGAAUUGGAGAUGUUGGUACUGUACCUCAAUGAAGAACGCUGAAGAAAGUGAAAAAUCAAAGGGUCAACACUAAACUGGGGGAUAUACUGCAGGUACCAGUUCCUGUUUGCAAGCUAUUAAUUUUGACAUUUGCUGCCUCAAUAAAAGACUGUAACCUAAAUUAGUACUUGGUUCAUUCAUUGUCAUUUUUUGAACUAAAACAGUUGAAUAUUUAUAACUUUCAAAGGCAAUAAAUGUUGGCUGUGACAGUAUCUACCACAUCCUGAACACAAGACAAAGUUAUUUGAAUGGUGCAGAUUAACACAGGCUGUUCCAUCUUUCCCCAGCCUCUACGCAUCUUGUAUACUCUGUCUACACACAUUCAAGUGCACAAAUCUUACCUAAGGUUUCUUAAACUAAUGGGUACCAUAGUAAAUUGCAGUUUCCCUACAACUAGUUUAAAAAUCAAAAGGCUUGUUAUGUAAAGAGGAACAAGUCCAUUGUUUUUUUCAGUGUAACUUAUUGUAAUAAUGUCAAAGCACCAAAUAAGAUCAUUGUAUUAUUAAAUUUCUGAGCACUGACUUAUUUGACUGAAGUUCACUAAUCUUUCCUAUGGCUUUCCAUUUAGCUUAUCUUGCAAUCUUCCUUUUCAUUUCUCUCUUUGUCACAGUCAUUCCAGGAGAUAAAAAGGUGAAGAGCUUUGCCUGCAGCAGUCCUUCCUCUAUAAUGCAUCCUGGCCAAAACUAAAUCAAAAGUUUAAUAUUGGUCUGCCUACUCUGGACAUGACUGCAGACUUGUUUACCCCUUUGAUACAACAAAUUCACUAUAUAUGCCAGUGAUAUUAAACCUGUGAUUCAGAUAAAUUUAGUUUCUCAGCAUAACAACACAUUACAAGUAGUUAACGACCCCAUGUUGUUUAUCCAUCCUUUCAUGCUAGCACAUCUGCUGCAGAGUGAUCUAACUAAUCUUCCUCCUGUGCUGUUCAUCAGUGAAUGGGUAAACUGUAACUUCAGUACUUGCAUAGAGCUAGUUUGACAAACUAAGCCAUUCAAUCCAUCUGUUCUGUGCUAGGGUCUAUAUUCUAUGCAAACCUCCAUUGGAAUGAACUCCUUUCAACCAGUACUUGCAGUGAUUUCAAAUACACGCACAGGUUGGGCAUCCAAAAAUGAGCAACUCACCCACUACUGCUCUGAAGCUUUUCCAUCAUUUGAAGCAUGGGACUGAAGUGUGACAGAAUACUCUGUCUGCACAGAUGAAUGCAAUUCUCAACAUACAAGAGAUUUGACAAGAUUCAGAAAAUACCUGCCCAAUUCAUUAGCUCUUUGGAAUACCUGUGCAUUCCAGUUGUAGUCUGCAAGACGUAGAAAGUUGGUAAAGUUUUUACAACAGCAAUACCUAAAUGCAAGAACUCUACUGCCUGGAAGGACGAAGGCAGUGGGCACAUGGGACUACCUUAAGGAAAAUGUCCUCUCAUACAUGAACUAUACAUUGAAUCUGUCCAGUCAACGUCCUGAAAACCUCUGCUAAUCACAAUGGGUUAGGCAUCUUUACCUCUUCAUUUCAAAAGUUCCAGUGUGUCUCACAACCAAGUUCUCAACUGUAAUCAAUGAAGGGGUUUAAAUUGAUGUUAGCAGUUAAGUCAUCUACGAAGUAUUAAUGCAUCAGUGUUCAUUACAAGAGUUUAAAUGUGAAAGGCCACCAAAUGAGUUAGUGGACUAUAGCCAUAACAUCCUUAGAUGUUACGCUACAAGGAAGAACUUUUCAGAAAAUGUGAAACUUUAAAUAUUUCUUUACUCCUACCCCUCUCAACUGCAAUACACCAACCCAAGGUCAUAGAGGCCAAUGAUAACAACAAUGCAACCAAUUUAUUCACUUCAAAUCAAAAAAUUAAAUUUCACUUGUGCAGCAGCUAUUCAUCAGCAGCUUUUACAGUUCUAACUUAUCUGCUUCCAAAAUGUACUCCCCCCAAUUCAAGCCCAACUAUAUUUUAAUACUCAUUAGAUUAGUUUUACAAGGAAAUAACUUUCCAUCCCUCCCUGACCCUCAAAAGUAACUUGUUCUCUCUCUCUCUCUUCCCCAGUUGUGGUGGAGGCAAAUACAUUAGGGACAUAUAAGAGGCACUUUAGAUGGGCACAUUGAUUAAAGUAAGAUGGAGGGCUCUGUGGGAGGGAAGGGUUAACCAUCUUGAUGUAGGUUAAAAGGUUAGCACAAUAUUAAGGGGUUAAGGGCUUAUACUGUGCUGUAUGGUUCUGUUUUAUAUUCUGAUGAAAGGUCUACUCUUUCUGCAGACUUUGCCUACCCACAGUUUCCAACAUUUCCUUUUCAGAUUUCCAGAAUCUGCAAUUUUUAAAAUAACUUUCCUUCACAUCUUUACUCAUCACAAAAAUUUUCAACGAGCCCACUUUUUGAAAAUUUACAAAAUGUGUCCUUCAAAACAUAUUGUCUAAAGUUUCAUCUUUAAAGGCCUCAAACAAGUGUACACUUUCUCUAAAUUACAAUUAUCCAAUCAGAACAAUGACAAUGGAGUUACCUUACAGUAAUUUGGACAGGCCAUCGGUUAACCUUUCAUUUUCUCCUGUCUGACAUGACAAAUGGAUAACCAUGAGACAAAUUAUUGUAGACGUGAAACAGCACACUAACAGUUUCAGCUGGCUAAUCACAAACUCCUUGGCAUUGAUGUGAAACUUGAUUCAGCAUUACAAGCUCUGCUGUAAACACACUGAAGUAUUCUCUUCACUCUCCCUCCGGCUGUUGUACCUUUGCUCUUUAGCACAGGGGUUCCCAACCUUUUUUAUGCCAUGGAUCAAUAACAUUAAACAAUGGGUCCAUGGAACCCAGGUUCGGAACCCCUGCUGCCAUAUAAAUUACACCUUUGUGCACUCGCAACAACCCACCCCCUUGAGAAUUAUUAGCUCGUUUUAAAAAUCAUGUCUGUGACAGUGGUGAAGUGGUAUCACCACCCGGACUUUGGAACAAGAGGUUCCGGGUUUGAAUCCGGCCGGCUCCUUGCAUGCUCUCCAUCCACAGUGGGUUAAGCAUCGAGCUAGCAACGUGGCCUCAUAAAAAAGAAAGAUGCUAAAGAAACAACAAGGUUCCUGCCUGAUACCGCCAAACAAAGCACAGGGAGGAACUUUUCCUUUACUUACCUUUAAAAAUAUCAUUGAAUAAAAGGAUGGAGGUUAUUCAGUUUAUAGUAUCUGUGCUAGUUUAUUUAAAGUACUCCUUUUCUCCUAACUCUGGACAAGAUAUUGUUCAUUCUCUUAAAUAUCUGCCUUAGUAUUCUUUUGUUAGAUUACACCAGUGAGGCAUUAUUACAUUUCCUACAUUUAAAGAUGCCACAUAAAAUCUAUUGUUAAUAGUUCAAGCUUCACAAGACAAAUACCAAAUUGGGAUAUGGGCUAAUGUCAAUGGGAAACUGUUUUAGUGUUUUUUGGUCCUGGGCAACAGGGUCAGGAAAGAGACAAGAGAAACAGAUCAGAAUCAGACAACUUCAAAAAUCAGAGAUUAUGCUUUGAUGCAUGUCUAUCUUUAAUUUACAAGAUAUGAAAUGAUAGACUCCAAAAGGAAAUGUGGC